ACACGCUACUAUAGCUGAUACCCGGUGCUCGCUAACCGCUAGUCUACGACCAUCAUCAGAGGGACACCAUGGCCAUUAAAUUCUUGGAAGUAAUAAAACCAUUCUGUGCGGUUUUACCCGAGAUCCAGAAGCCUGAGAGGAGGAUUCAGUUCAAAGAAAAGGUGUUAUGGACUGCGAUCACUCUUUUCAUCUUUCUGGUUUGCUGCCAGAUUCCUCUUUUUGGAAUCAUGUCUUCGGACUCAGCAGAUCCCUUUUAUUGGAUGAGAGUGAUCAUGGCAUCCAACAGAGGUACUUUGAUGGAGUUGGGUAUCUCUCCCAUUGUGACGUCUGGCCUGAUCAUGCAGCUGUUGGCUGGAGCUAAGAUCAUUGAGGUUGGAGACACCCCUAAAGACAGAGCGCUCUUUAAUGGGGCUCAGAAACUGUUUGGCAUGAUCAUCACCAUUGGUCAGGCUAUCGUUUAUGUGAUGACUGGUAUGUAUGGAGAUCCUUCAGAGAUGGGUGCUGGAAUCUGCCUUCUCAUUAUCAUCCAGUUGUUUGUAGCCGGUCUGAUCGUGUUGCUGCUGGAUGAGUUACUCCAAAAGGGCUAUGGAUUGGGCUCUGGUAUCUCUCUCUUCAUCGCCACCAACAUCUGUGAGACAAUCGUAUGGAAGGCAUUCAGCCCAACAACAGUCAACACAGGAAGAGGCACGGAGUUUGAAGGAGCCAUCAUUGCUCUCUUUCACCUAUUGGCCACUCGUACUGAUAAAGUGCGAGCUCUAAGAGAAGCCUUUUACAGACAGAACCUGCCCAACCUCAUGAACCUCAUCGCUACAAUCUUCGUCUUUGCUGUGGUCAUAUACUUCCAGGGAUUUAGAGUCGAUCUGCCCAUCAAAUCUGCACGUUACCGUGGCCAGUACAACACCUAUCCCAUCAAGCUCUUCUACACCUCCAACAUUCCCAUCAUCCUGCAGUCUGCACUGGUGUCCAAUCUUUACGUCAUCUCUCAAAUGCUCUCAACUCGCUUCAGUGGAAACUUCCUGGUCAACCUUUUGGGGACUUGGUCGGAUACCUCAACUGGAGGACCGGCUCGUGCUUACCCAGUAGGUGGCCUUUGCUACUACCUCUCACCCCCAGAGUCCUUUGGCACAGUUCUGGAGGAUCCAAUCCAUGCCAUCAUCUACAUCAUCUUCAUGCUGGGAUCGUGUGCCUUCUUCUCAAAGACCUGGAUUGAAGUUUCCGGAUCAUCUGCCAAAGAUGUUGCCAAACAGCUUAAAGAACAGCAGAUGGUAAUGAGAGGACACAGAGAAACAUCAAUGGUCCAUGAACUGAACAGGUACAUCCCUACAGCGGCAGCCUUCGGAGGCCUGUGUAUAGGCGGUCUCUCAGUCAUGGCUGACUUUCUGGGAGCCAUCGGAUCAGGAACUGGAAUUUUGUUGGCCGUCACUAUCAUCUACCAGUACUUUGAGAUCUUUGUGAAGGAACAGAGCGAAGUGGGCAGUGUGGGAGCUCUCCUGUUCUAGUAUCGCCUUCUAACUGACUGAAUUUUGAGUUUAAUAAUUUCUUUUAUAUGUUUUUUGUUUUUGUUUUAUUUAACGCGCACAUUCAGUGUUCUGCAUCAAGGAUGUGCUCCCAUUGUGCAUCUGAUCCUGAUCUGUACCAACUCGCUUCACACCAGAGCAGCAGACUGAAAUGCAUUUGGUUUUCUUGGGCGGGGGAAAUAUGGCAGCUUGAUAUCUCAGUGUUAGGCAUGGGAAUGUAACCAUCCUUAUUUUCCACCGUCUUCGUUUUCCGAUAAAGGAUCUAUCAAUUGUGUUUUUGAUUUCAGGUAAUUUCAAUAACGCGAAAGAGAACAAGCAUCCACGUUUAGGAUCAUUUGGACAUCAGCUUGUCUCUGUGUGUGUGUGUGUGUGUGUGUGUGAUGACGUAAGUGCAAUGAUAUAUCAUGGUAAAAGUCGAUCUGGUGUAAAUGAUAUGAUUUUUAUGAUGUAUGAGUGGAGAAGUGCAAAUUUGCUUGCGUUUUGUGUGGGCUGAGUGUAUGAAAACAUUUAAAUAGGCUGUUAAAGUUCACCCAGGUGCAUCAGCGCUGUUUCCUUUUUGCAUUGGGUUUGAGGUUUUGCCGUUUAUAUUUAUGUUUGUUGUUUUCGUCUCAGAGCUUCAAGCUAUUAUGAAAUGGAUCUGUGCAUUUUCAGUCGCACUACUUCAAAUGUUUCUGUUAUUGCACCUUUUUUAGUUCUAUGUUGCUGUAGUUUCUUUCAGUGGACCAAAUGCUGCAGAAACUGCCUGUUAAUGAUUAUGCCAGUGUUGAUAAGAGAGGAAGUGGUUUGUAAAAGACGAGUGUUUGUGUGUUGUUUUCUUAAACAUCACAGUAUUAAAAUGUGCAAAAAAAAUGUGUAAAAGGAUACAUUUGGAGAUUUGUUCUUUGUACUUUUUGAGCACAAUUUUAAUAUUGUCUAAUGUUAUUUAAAGGUAAAAGACUGUUACUUUAGUCUUAAGAAUGAAUCCCCACAAUUGCCACAUUCAAUGAAUAAAUACAAAAAUAAGUCCA